AUGAGAAUGAAGCAAUUGGCGAAUUUUGGGAAGAAGUUAUCAUUGUCUGCUUUUUCACAGUCAUUAAUUUCGGUACUCGAUCUUCCGCUGAACAUAAUUGCUGAAACAGAUGAUCUGUUGGUAGUCGACAAACCUCCUUCUUUGCCUGUACAUGCGUGCGGACAAUAUGCUGUGCACACUGUACUAGGCCAGCUGCGAGUCAAUCACAAUCGAACGGGUUUGAGAGUUUUACAUCGGCUCGACAGAACUACCUCAGGCGUUCUACUAUUUGCCAAAAACUACAAAACAGAUCUUGAGUUCAAAAAGACGCUGAAAGAUGGAAAUUGGUCCAAGGAAUACGUUUGCAUGGUUGAUGGCGUUUUUCCUGAUGGAGAGAUUGAAUGCAAUGAAUCUAUCGGCACACUGGUCAUUAGUAUGGGCAUCCAGUGUGUGCGUCCAGAUGGCAAACCAGCUCGAAGGCGAACACAUCAAAUUCGUGUACACGCCCAGUUUUUAGGUGCUUAG